GUGUGUGUUUGGCCUCUCUUCUCUCCACCUGGUGAGUGAUCUGCUCUCUGAUUGGUCAGCUCCGCACCUGAUAGGUUUCUGUUGCCUCAAACUAAUCGGUAAUAAGAGACGCGGACACAUCAAACAUGAGGAACCUGCUGACCACUCAAGACCAGAACUUCUACCGCGAGCUGAUCCUGAAGGAGGCCUACACGCGGCUGGCGUGGAAGAUGAAAUACAGCAAAGAAUACCCGACCACCUUCGCGUCUCGCAGGUCCAAAUCCAUCGGGCUUUUUAACCCUCCGUCUGUCGGUAAAGUCACGCUGCCUCCUGUGGUCCAGACGCGGGAGAAGCAGCCGGUGCGCCGGUCACUGAGUGAAGCCCCGCUCAUGAGAGCCGUGAGCCCGCGGACUACAGCGGCUCUUUAUCAGGGCUUAUCCAACGAAGGCAAAGGACGGAGUUUGUAUUUGAAGAAACGGGCGCAGAAAGGCCCUGAGGAAAAGUUUGAUUAUCCAAUUCUGUCGUCCUGGGAUUAUGGAUGGAGACUAGGUGAUUAUGAGAUUGACAGUAAGACGCCAGCCUACGGGAGAUCUGGGAUCGUAAGGAGCACUUUCUAUGCCAGGAAUGGCAUUUUUAAUAUUCCCGCAGCUACUGAUCAACUAGGAUGAAACACCAAUGAAUGUUUUUCUCACCUCAUUGAGCUUGAACAGACAGUAUUCACCUUAACUCUACUUAAAUCUAAUACUCUCAAGUAAAUCUUUUAUUUUAAUGAAAUAAAUCAUAUAAGUAUGCAUACAUUAUCAAUGCAUUAAUAAAA